AAUGGCGGCUUCCAUGGAUGACGAUGGAUUGCAAGCUGAUGAUCUCUAUGUUCUACUAAAUGUGGAUAGAAAGGCCACAAACCAAGAGAUCAACAAAGCCUUUCGACGGAUGAGUAGAAUAUUUCAUCCAGACAAACACUUGGAUGCAGUAAAGAAAAAACAAGCAGAGGUUUUCUUCAACAAAAUCAAAAAUGCCUAUGAAAUACUUAGUAAUCCCAAUAAGAGAGAAAUUUAUAACCGCUACGGAAUGAAAGGACUGGAGGUAGAGGGACUGGAGAUUAUCACAAGGACAAAGUCCCCUGCAGAAAUCAUAGCAGAAUUAGAUAGAUUGAAGUAUGAACAGGAACAACGCAAGUUACAGAGAACCAGUCCAGCGGGAGAGGUAGAAGUUGGAAUUAAUGCCACCAAUCUAUUUGAGGGUUAUGUCAUUGACCCAGAUUAUGAAGACAGGCUUGGUUACGUAGAGAUUUCCGAGUUCCACAUCUCCCAGUCUGUAGAUUAUCCAAUAACUACAAAGGACACGGCCAUUGUCUCUGGGUCAGUCUCCUCGAGGAACGGAAAUGGAUCUGGAAAUUUGUUAGUGGGAUACCGUCGACAGACCUCAGACAAAGGCUGGCUACAGGGACAGGUUACAUUUGGUCGAUCAGUGCCAAUGGAACUGCAUGCCUACAGACAGCUAACCAGGAGAUGUUACUGUAAAGGUGCUAUUGGCCUUGGUUUGCACAACAAUUCCAUGCAGUUAGGCCUGUCCUUCAUAUUAUCCUGUCAGUUAGACCGCCACAUUCAGGGAGAAAUGGCUCUGAGCAUUGUCAAUACAUCCAGAUCUAAUUUGAGCACCACUUUACGGAUUGAUAAGGAGCCACACAGAGCUUCAUUUACAGUACAAGUUGGUGCUUCCAAUUUUGCCAGAGCCAUAUAUGUCAGGGACUUUCAGGAUUAUGACUGCAAGAUGAGAUUAUCAUUGACAGGUGGGACCGUAGGAUGGUAUUUCGCUUAUGGUGUGCAAAAGAAAAUUACAGAAUUCAGCACAAUACACGCCAAGAUGAUAAUUGGAAAUAAUGGUGGGGUCCGACUACAAUUAAGGCUACAUCGAGGACGACAAUCAUACACUUUCCCAAUUCUACUGUCAGAGCAGGUGCUACCUACAUCUAUAUUCUAUGGAACAUUUAUCCCUACCUUAGCUUAUUUUGCUGUGAAGAAGUUAAUUAUCGAUCCCUUUAUCAAACAGAAAGAAUCUGAAGAACUUAAAAGGAAACAAGAAGAACAGUCUGAGGAAUUAUUACAGAAAAAGAAAGAUGCAGAAAUAGCUGUGGAGCUGAUGGAACAGACAGUAGCGAGAAGUUUGGAGUACGAGACUCGUAGGAAUGGGUUGAUAAUUCUAAAGGCCCUGUAUGGUCAACUUACAACAGAGGAUGGAGAAUUAGCAGAAUCCAAUUGUUUAGAUGUUAAAGUCCCACUACAAGCACUUGUUGUAGAAUCACAGCUUAUCAUUUUAGAUUCCAGUACUAAGAGUGAACUUCCGGGUUUCUAUGACCCCUGUCCUGACCAGGAGAAGAGUUUGUACAUCCGCUAUAACUUCAGGAACCGACCUCAUCAGGUGACCGUUACAGACAAAGAACCCAUCAGACUGCCACUACAAAGGCAUGUGAUGCUGGAUGAAACAGAGGAAUCAUUUGUUCAUCUAUGACACGGGCUGGGAUAUAGAAUAAAAUCUUUAUCAGUGGACAGUUUAUGUGUGUUCAUCUAGGGCUUUAUAGACAUAGUCUAAACAAUGUUUCUCUUUGGCACUGCUAUCAAUAAAAUUAAGGUCAUGUCAAGCAUUGUCUGUGGGAGCCUUUGUUUUUGUCACAGUUUCAGAAAUGUCAUUUGUGGAAUGGACGUUCGAGAUAAAUUGAAACAAACAUCUAAAUGUGAGGAGUUGAUUACUAUCAUUAUUUGAUUAUUUAAUAAACAAUCAUACAAAUUCAAUGCAUAAAGUAAGACUUCACAAUGGUAUAUCAAUAUCAUAAUUGAUUAGCAAUUCUACAAUGUUAAGGGCACUGAACAUUUAUUUUCAAGUCAGUUUUAAAAACCUGCUCAUAAUAGGACAAAGAAUACAGUUAGUAGAGCAUUUAUGUUCCUAUAUAUAACUGUAAGCAUUUAAGACAAGCAUUUAGUUUAUGGUAAGUACUAAUAAGUACUGUGAUGUUCCAAGUAUUAAUUACAAUGUGUGCAUUUGAGUAUGUUCUGUU